UGUUUCCAAAUAGGAUCAAUUAAUAAAAAAAAAAUAUAGUUCUCUGUUAUUGAAUAAUCUGAAGGGAACCUAUUUUUCACAGCUCUGUGAGCAUCCGGUAGGAGAAAGUUCACCUUCACAUGCUGUCAUUAAAUAAAUCUCCACCAUUUCUCUGAGGAGACUUUUCCGAGUUAGUUUUUUUUUCUUAGGCAGAGAGCAACUAUCUAUAACUAUAUUAUAAUGGUCUGUUUACCAGAGCCUUUCUUGGCAAAGGCUUUUGUAAAGUAAUCGUCAUGCAGUACAGAUCAAAUGGAGGAGUAACUUGAAUUUGACAAAGCCACCUAUUUUCCAUGUGCUUUUAUUUCUGUUGGAGAAGAGAAUUCAGAAUCUUUUGCCAAGGCACAGUGUUAUUUCUUUGGUUUACUGAGGUUUUGUCACCUAAGAAUAUAUGGUGUCUUGCUCCAUCAAGUUGUUGUAAGAUCCUCUCCAAAAGCUAAAAUGCAUGGGCCUUGCCUUUCUUACACUUUCUCAUUCUGUUGCCAGUGGGUACUCCGGGGGCCACAGUAUCUUACAAGCAAAGGGUUGGUGAAGAAAAUUGAUGCCCGCUUUCAAGAGCGAGGAAGCUAAUUCGGGGAACAAUUUCAUCCAAGGUUUGCCUGAAUCUAUUAUUGCAGCAGCAUGUGCCAGAAGUGGCCAGAGAGUUCUUCACGUUGAUUCAAAAAAUUACUAUGGUGGAAACUGGGCCAGCUUUAGUUUUUCAGGACUGUUGUCCUGGAUUAAAGAAAAUCAGACAGAUACCGAUGAAUGUGAAGACUGGAAAAAACUGAUCCUGGAGAAUGAAGAAGUUAUUCCUAUUAGCAAGAAGGAUAAAACUAUUCAACAUGUCGAAGAUUUCUGUUUUGGCGAUCAGGAUUCAGCUGAAGAUGUUGAAGAAGCUGGUGCAUUGCCAAAGAUGCCUGUCUUUGGAGCCCCUGGUGUUGAGGGGGUUGCUCAGGAACCGGAGAAGGAGUGCCCACCAGUGGAGAGUGCCUUGCUGGAGGCUGAGAACCAGGAGCCAGACAAGGCUGCAGGCACGGAGCCAGCAAGUGCAACGGAAGGGCGUGAUGCAGACAUAACCUCUGAGAAUGAGAGUUCUCCUAGUACAGCUUCAGGAGAGCCUGCUCUGGAAUUGGGAAAGACUGAAGUGGCACCCUCAGAAAUUUCUGCCCAAGAACCAAAGAAAAUUACGUAUUCCCAAAUUGUUAGAGAAGGCAGAAGGUUUAAUAUUGAUUUAGUUUCCAAGUUGCUUUACGCCCGAGGUCUGUUAAUUGACCUUCUGAUCAAAUCGAACGUUAGCAGAUAUGCAGAGUUUAAAAACGCAACACGAAUUCUUGCCUUUCGAGAAGGAAAAGUAGAACAGGUACCUUGUUCUAGAGCAGAUGUCUUCAACAGCAGACAGCUCACUAUGGUAGAAAAGAGAAUGCUAAUGAAAUUUCUGACAUUUUGUUUGGAAUAUGAACAACACCCUGAUGAAUACCAAGACUACGAGAACAGUACAUUUGCUCAGUUCUUAAGAACACAGAAGUUAACACCCAGCUUGCAGCACUUCAUUCUUCACUCUAUUGCAAUGGUUUCAGAGACUGAUAGCAGCACUCUUGAAGGUCUUCAGGCAACAAAAAAAUUUCUUCAGUGCCUUGGCCGCUAUGGCAAUACACCAUUUCUGUUUCCUCUGUAUGGUCAAGGAGAGAUCCCACAGUGUUUCUGCAGGAUGUGUGCUGUAUUUGGUGGCAUCUAUUGUCUUCGCCAUUCUGUGCGGUGCCUUGUAGUGGACAAAGAAUCUGGACGUUGCAAAGCUAUUGUGGAUCAUUUUGGCCAAAGAAUAAGUGCUAACUAUUUUAUUGUGGAAGAUAGUUACCUUUCAGAGAGCGUAUGCACAAAAGUGUGUUACAGGCAGAUCUCCAGAGCAGUUCUCAUUACAGAUCAGUCUGUACUAAACACGGAUUCAGAGCAACAGGUUUCCGUUUUGACAGUGCCUCCAGUGGAUCCGGGAAAACCAGCAGUUUGUGUCAUAGAGUUGUGUUCCUCCACCAUGACGUGCAUGAAGGACACGUAUUUAGUCCAUUUGACCUGUCCAUCAACUAAAACUGCUAGGGAAGAUUUAGAGCCUGUUGUACAGAAGUUAUUCAACCUAAAUCCAGAAAAAGAGGCUGAAAAUGAAGAACAGGAAAAACCUAGAGUUCUCUGGGCAGUCUACUUCAACAUGAGAGAUUCUUCAGGAGUUGAGAAAAGUUCAUAUGAUGGCUUACCCUCAAAUGUUUAUGUCUGUUCUGGACCAGACUCUGCUUUAGGAAACGACUGUGCUGUCAAACAGGCUGAGACCAUUUUCCAAGAAAUGUUUCCUACAGAGGAAUUUUGCCCACCGCCACCGAAUCCAGAAGAUAUUAUUUACGAUGAAGAUGAGAUUGUGCCAGAAGAGUCUGGAUUCAGUAAUUCACCAGAGACAAAACCUGAAUCCGCAACCGAGGAAAGCAGUAGUGGAGAUAGUGCUGCUGUUAAGAAGGAAGAUAAUGAAGGAUGAAUUAACACUCUUCUCUUAGCAGAAGAUAAGGUUGACCCAAACUAAAAUGUAAGGGAGGAAGGGUAAGAAAAAGAGGUUUAAAAAACCCAUAGCCGUAUUAUUUGCAAUUGCCUUAUUUUCCUUAGCUUGAAUAAUCUUUCUUCAUCAAAUAGUGUUAUUGAUAGCUGAGACAUUUCUAAAUAGUCAUAAGUCUACCAGAUCCAGGGGUAUGUGUAGCUGAACAAAAAAAUAG